UUUGGUAAUACAGCCAUAAAACUAGUUAUGGGCGGAGCAGGAGACGUACAGUACAGGGUUGUUUUGUCUGAUAGCCUGGCUACAGUGAGUGCGUGCGCGAGCUCUAAUGUCAUAAGCAUAUAAAAUGAGUGAGGAUGUGUAUGAGGUCCCUGAGGGGACAGAGUAUCGGUAUCUAGUGCAGGACGAAGAGGAGGAACAGAUAAGGUACGUCCGUCGCCACUACGUCAGUCCAUUCCGGGCAGUGUCACGCAGAUGCAUGUUCCUCAUCGGCUGUGCCGUGGUCAGUCUCCUCUCUCUCGCGGGAUACCUGGCUUAUGUGGCGAAGACUCCUCCUCCAGGGGUGGCAGAGGUGAAGACGGACUGCGGUUGGUUGCGCGGGCGCUGGGAAGGCGGAGCGUACUCUUUCAAGGGCAUCCCGUACGCUGUACCGCCAGUGGGUGAACGUCGUUGGCAACCUCCGGCGGAUCUAGUGGAGGCGGGAAAGUGUUGGCAUGGCAUGUACGAUGCUACUCAAUUCCGCAGCAUCUGUGCGCAGGUGCAACCCCUCCGGAAAGAUGGGCAGGUCAUGGGACAGGAGGACUGUCUGCAUCUCAGCGUGUGGACUCCGAGUCUAGAGCCCGCAAAACUCCUGCCCGUCAUGGUGUGGAUCCACGGAGGGUACCUCCACAUGCUGAGCGGCCAGGAGAGAGGCUACUCCCCCACCGAAGAGCUGGCGGCCCGCACACAGACGGUGUAUGUCAGUCUGAAUUACAGGCUCAAUGCUUUCGGCUUCAUGGCCCUGAAGGUGCUCAGAGAUGGCUCUCCCACCAACUCCUCAGGGAAUUAUGGCUUCAUGGACCAGAUCCAAGCACUUAAGUGGGUCCAACAGAAUAUCCAUAACUUCGGUGGGGAUGCAGGGAGAGUUACCAUAUUUGGUCAAAGCUCAGGAGGAACUUCGGUUUGGACUUUGAUGAUGUCUCCACUAGCCAAAGGACUCUUUCAUCGUGCGAUUGACAUGAGCGGCUCGUACGUGUAUAAUGCUUCCCUGGAGUCAGCAGAAAAAGACAACUUGGAAUUCCUGAGGAGAACUGGCUGCAAGGACGCCAUCUGCCUGAGAGGACUACACAUCGCUCAAGUCCUUCAGGCAAUCCCAUGGCAGAAGUACCCAUCAUGGGCAGCCGAUGACUUAGUCGAUCUUCCAGUCAAAGGUAUAUUUGUUGGUCCAGUUGCUGUGAUUGACGGCUAUGUUCUCAAAGCUCCUCCGUUUGAGACCUGGGAGAAAGGGGGAGCCUAUAAUGAUGUCCCAUUUGUGGUUGGAACAACUGAACAGGAGACUGAUUUUAGUCCUCCAUAUGAAAACAUCUCCACAUGGACAUGGGGGGACUAUCGGUGGAUUGUGACGAACAAACUGAGCCCUUUCGGAAAGAACCUGAGCGAUCAGGCGCUGAGGCUGUAUGAUAGUUCAGCACCGUGUCCGACCUCUGACCGCUGUCCAGAGAGACUCUUCACCACCAUGGUCUCGGACAUGAAGGCCACAUGCCCCAGGAACGACCUGGCUAAGAGAGCUGCAGGCGCUUUAACGAGCCCAGUGUACCGUUAUCUGGUGACUUACACUCCAUCAAAACAGGCGAACGCCUCCAGCUGGCUUCCCUUCCCCAGUCGCUUUGCCUUUCAUCUUCUAGACAGCUUGGCCUUCUUCGGGGGUCUUGAAAUGGUGCUAGGGACCCUGUCACCAGCUGAUAUGAACUUCCAGGAAAUGAUCACCAAGUAUUUUGUACAUUUUGCCAAAGAAGGUAGGAUGCCGGAGGAGUGGCCGGAGUUCCCCUCAAGCGUCGCCCUGUUGGACAGGAACAUUUCUUUCGUGCUAAACUACUCCCGAGAGAGGUGCGACCUGUGGGAGCAGAACGACUUCUACUCGUACGCCUGGAUCAACUGAGCCUCAUCAUCAUCACUGGUUGUAUCGAUCCAUCCACUGCAUUU